AUGAAAAUAUUUGCUCUAUUAUCAUUGCUCCUAGGAGCAGUCGCCUCCUACAAAUAUGUUAUUUUUGUACCAAAUAUGGCUAAUAGUCAGACUCAAUUCUGUGCUCGUGUAGCAGAGGUUCUUGCCAAUGGAGGUCACGAUGUCACUAUGCUCUUCGUCACUCAUUUAUCUGAUUUCAAGACUGAUGUGAAAAUUCCAAAGGGAGUCAAAAGUUACCAUCUCGAUGCUUUCAUAGAGGGAAUCACAAAGGAAAGCAUUGAGAAAGAGCAAUCUGCUAUGAUAUUCAAAGAUACUGGACUUAAAGAUAUGCCAGCUAUGAUGGCAAUGUUCGGUCGCUUUGGAAAGAUGCUCCAAGAAGGAUGUCGCGCAGUUAUUAGAAACAAGGAAUUUAUGAAGUGGUUGGAAAAUGAAAAGUUUGAUGUUGCAUACGCAUACAUCUAUUCUACUUGUCCAAUUGGAUUAAUUCAUACAGCCAAGAUUCCAUCUUGGGUUUGGUUAAACAGUGGACCACUCAUGGACUACGUUGCUGAAACAACUGGAGUUCCAAUCAUUCCUAGUUAUGUUCCACCUGUGAUGAUGGAAUCUCACGAUUUAAUGGGAUUCGUUUUUAGAACAAAAAGCUUUAUUGGACAUUUCUUGAUGACUCUUUUCCACAGAAAAAUGUCUUCCGAUGCGGAAACGCAGAUUUUUCGUGAGGAAUUGAACGAUCCAUCUUUCCCACAUACAAUGGAUAUUGGAGCAAAAUGCCCAUUGAUCAUUGUAAACAGCAACGAACUUUAUGAUCUGCCACGUCCUACUUUGGCAAAAGUAGUAAAUAUUGGAGGACUAGGAGUUGGAUUUGACAGUGCUAAGCCUUUAACUGGAGAGUUCAAAACAAUCUCAGAAACUGGAAAAGGAAUGAUUGUAUUCUCGUUUGGAUCGGUGGCAGCAGCCCAUGAAAUGCCUUUAGAAUGGAAAAAUGCAAUUCUCGAUGCAUUCUCAUCUCUUCCAGAUUAUCAAUUUGUUAUGAGAUAUUUGGGAACUGAUCUGAAUGAUAGAUUACCGAAAAAUGUACAUUUAUCCAAAUGGCUUCCGCAAAAAGAUCUUCUUCUUCACAAUAAAACAAAGGCAUUUAUCAGUCAUGGAGGAUAUAAUUCUAUGCAGGAAGCAAUCUCUGCUGGAGUACCACUUGUCACAAUUGCUCUUUUCGGUGAUCAACCUAAAAAUGCUCAAAUUGCGAAAAAACAUGGAUUCGCUGUUAAUAUUCAAAAAGGAACAAUUUCAAAAGAAACGAUUGUUGAGGCGUUGAAAGAAGUCCUUGAAAAUGAUAGUUACAAACAAAAAGUGAGUCGUCUCUCUGCAAUGGUCCGUGCCCAACCAAUGAAACCAGCUGAACGUCUUCUAAAAUGGUCAGAAUUCCUCGCCGAAUUCAAAACUCUAGAUAAUUUGGAACCAGCUGGACAAAAACUCAAUUUCUUCCAAUACCACUCUCUUGAUGUUAUUGGCUUUCUUUUCACUGUCAUUUUCCUUGUUUUCUACAUUUUCUACCGUAUCCUCCGUGCUCUAGUCAGAUGCUGUUGUUGUAGGAAGUCCCACGAAAAGAAGAAAACCGAAUAG